AUUGAAAGACUUUGAGACACCUUAGCACUACUGCACCCCCCAUCCUGGGAACCAGGCCUCUAGCAUUAGGAGGCACCUUAGCACUACUGCACCCCCCUUCCUGGGAACCAGGUCCCUAGUAACCAGCCACGCGUGCACGGGAGCUUUGAGUACUUUCCAUCCCCAUUGUAGUCUUUCUCCAAUAGACCCGGACCCUGGAACUGGGGUGAGACGACCUGCAGGUGUUCCUCCUUGUAACCGCCAUAACAUUGAUCAAGUAGAGUUAGCUGACCAUUGUAUGAACUAGUCAAAACAGUUGACAAAUGAUUUUUGGACUUUCCCUUUGAUUCUGUACUACCCCCUCCCUGAAUUUGUGGUUUUUUCCUUUAAAAGAGCUUGUAAUAGACAAAGCAGGGUCCUUCUCCUCUCGAGGCUGAGGGACCUCUGCCGUGGCAGAAUAAAAAUUCCUCUUGCUAUUGCAUCAACCGUGCUGUGAGUGUCUCUUGGGGCGACCUCCUCCUUGGUGGGGCUUUAGGGCCCAACAUUUGGUGCGUUGGCCGGGAAGUGCUGGUCGCCCUCAGACCCAUUCCUGACCCGGUUGGAGGUAAGAGCGCGCUUGUCUGAAUGUUUUAUGUUCGUCUAUUUCUGUUAUUGUGCCUUAUGUUUAUGAUCAUCAGGGAUUUGGAGGAACAUUGUACCUGCGCAGGGCUAGUAUUUGAAAGGGACCAGGCAGUGGGACAGACGUGUCCGGGAACACUCCCUGGCCCAGCCGUGGAGGACGCUUCACAGGCAAUUUGUGAAACUAGGAGCGACCAGGUCAUCUUAGUUUCUAGAGAGUGUGGUUCUUAUCGCCCACUCCCUUCCAGGUUUGUAAUAUCAGUUUUACAUCAGUCUGUUGCCGCGCGGCUCUCGGUCUUGAGUCUGUGUCUGUCAUUUUGUAUUGUUGUUUUUGUCUUUGUGUUUGUUUUUGAGUUGGAAUCUAGUACAAUGGGACAACAAAUAACCACCCCCUUAACUUUGACUUUAGACCACUGGAAAGAGGUUGAGGACAGAGCUCACAACCAGUCUAUGGUAAUCCGAAAGAAACGCUGGCAAGCGUUCUGUUCCGUGGAAUGGCCCACUUUCGGAGUGGGCUGGCCACAGGACGGAACAUUUAAUCUGAAUAUUAUUUUGCAGGUUAAGACAAGAGUCUUUCAGCCUGGCCAGCAGGGCCAUCCUGAUCAAGUUCCUUACAUCGUAACUUGGGAGAGCUUGUCCAGAGACCCUCCGCCCUGGGUCAAACCAUUUGUCCUGCCUGCGGGAGCCGGAAACCCAGUACCAGCUCCCUGGCCCUCCACCACCCCUUUGACUCCGAGGGCGGCAGCAACCCCAACUGCCCCUCCCCUGGACCCGUUGUCCUCUCUCUUCCCCAUGCAGGAGCGACCGAAACAGAAGUCCCAGACCCAGACACCACCAAUCCUCUCUGACAAUCAGUCAGACCUCCUGCUUUUUGACCCUCCUCCUCCUUAUCCCCGGCCUCUUCUGCCCCAGGCCGAGGCAGCCCCCCUCGCGCCUGUUCCUGGGGAACCUGCUGAACCUGAUAUAGACCCUGACAGGCCCCCUAGCCCUGACACGACUGAUACUGCUGAGGGGGGGCCUAACUCGCAGCCAGCAGGCCGGCUGCGGCUCCGCAGAGGGACAUCUGCAAGGGAAAGGUGGACUUCCCAGGCACUACCCCUCCGCUCAAUGGCUGACCAAUUUCAAUACUGGCCUUUUUCAGCCUCUGAUCUUUAUAACUGGAAACUUCAUAACCCCUCCUUUUCCCAGGACCCCCAGGCCCUUACUGCCCUUAUAGAAUCUGUUCUGAUUACUCACCAGCCCACUUGGGAUGAUUGCCAACAGCUUUUGCAGAUACUUCUCACUACAGAGGAGAAACAGCGUGUUUUCCUUGAAGCUCGGAAGAAUGUCCUGGGAGCUGACGGAAGGCCAACCCAGUUGCCAAAUGAGAUAGAGGAUGCCUUCCCUUUGACCCGACCCAAUUGGGACUUCAAUACUCCAGCUGGUAGGGAGCGACUUCGUCUCUACCGUCAGAUUCUGUUAGCGGGUCUCCAAGGGGCUGGCAGACGGCCCACUAAUUUGGCUAAGGUAAGAGCAAUAAUACAGGGGCCUGAGGAAACACCUGCAGGAUUUCUAGAAAGGCUAUUGGAGGGGUACAGAAUGUACACCCCUUUUGAUCCCAUGGCAGCGGAUCGCCAGGCUGAUAUAAUAAUGUCUUUUAUAAGCCAGUCAGCACCUGAUAUUCGUAGCAAGCUGCAGAGGAUGGAGGGACUGCAGGGUUACUCCCUCCAAGAUUUAGUAAAGGAGGCAGAGAGAAUUUUUAACAAAAGAGAGACACCAGAGGAAAAGGAAGAAAGAAGGCGCAAGGAACAGGAAGAGAGAGAGGACAAACGAGAUAAAAAGCGUAGUCGUGAGUUAAGUAAGAUCUUGGCCACAACAGUACGCAGUAUAGAGCAACCUAAGAAGCGCCAGGACAAGGAUAGGGGAGACAAAAGGCGGCCACGAGUGGACCGAGAUCAAUGUGCCUAUUGCAAAGAAAGAGGACAUUGGAUCAAGGACUGCCCAAAACGUCCAGCUGAACCCAAGAAAAAGCCAGUUCCUGUCCUAGCCCUGGAAGACAGUGAUUAGGACAGUCAGGGCUCAGAGCCCCCCCCUGAGCCCCGGGUAACCCUUCUAGUGGGGGGGCACCCUACCACAUUUUUGGUAGAUACUGGAGCCCAGCAUUCGGUCCUCACACAAGCAAAUGGACCUUUGAGUUCAAAAACCUCUUGGGUUCAGGGGGCCACCGGGGGAAAAAUAUACCGAUGGACCACAGAAAGAAAAGUUAAUUUAAACACUGGUCAAGUGACUCAUUCCUUCCUCAUGGUGCCAGAAUGCCCCUACCCAUUGCUGGGCAGAGACCUCCUGUCCAAAGUUGGGGCACAAAUUCACUUCUCAGAAAAUGGGGCCUCAGUUACUGACAAUACUGGCCAGGCUCUUCAAAUUCUAACUUUAAGAUUGGAGGACGAACACAGACUGUUUGAACUGCCUCCUCCCCCGGAGCUGCCCAUCGAUAACAAAUGGCUCCGUGAUUUCCCCCAGGCCUGGGCGGAAACCGCAGGUAUGGGGCUGGCAAGCAAUCAACCUCCUUUGAUAAUAGAGUUAAAACCAUCAGCCACUCCAGUUUCCAUAAGACAAUACCCCAUGAGCCGCGAGGCCCGAGAAGGAAUCAGGCCCCACAUUCAGAGACUUUUAACAUUGGGCAUCUUAAAGGCCUGCCAUUCCCCCUGGAACACACCUCUUCUCCCAGUAAAGAAGCCAGGCACAGGGGACUACAGACCAGUCCAAGACUUAAGGGAAGUUAAUCGCCGCACUCUAGACAUUCAUCCUACGGUGCCCAAUCCUUAUAAUCUCUUAAGUACCCUGCCUCCGACCCAUGUAUGGUACUCAGUACUUGAUUUAAAAGAUGCUUUUUUCUGUCUGAGACUUAGCCCUCAGAGCCAGCCAUUGUUUGCCUUUGAAUGGAAAGAUCCUGAUUCAGGAGUUUCUGGGCAGCUCACCUGGACGAGACUACCCCAGGGAUUCAAGAAUUCUCCAACUCUAUUUGAUGAGGCCCUACACCAGGAUCUGGCCAGUUUUCGCACCGCCAAUCCAGAGGUAAUCUUACUCCAAUAUGUAGAUGACCUCCUGCUGGCCGCAGAGACUGAGCAAAAAUGCCUCAGAGGGACUCGAGCCCUACUCACCAGAUUAGGUGAACUGGGCUACAGGGCAUCUGCUAAAAAGGCACAGAUCUGCAAGAAGCAAGUAGCCUACCUGGGGUACCUCUUGGAGGGUGGACAGAGAUGGUUAACAGACAGUCGGAAGCAGGCCGUGGCACAAAUUCCCCCUCCCAAAGGGGCGCGAGAGGUCCGAGAGUUUCUGGGAACUGCCGGUUUCUGUAGGUUAUGGAUACCGGGUUUCGCUGAAAUGGCCGCCCCACUGUAUCCGCUUACCAAAGCCAACGUCCCUUUCUUCUGGGGAGAGGACCAACAACGGGCUUUUGAUAAAAUAAAAAGGGCCCUCCUUUCGGCCCCUGCUUUGAGUCUCCCUGAUGUCACCAAACCAUUCACCUUAUACGUAGAUGAGAACAAGGGAGUAGCAAAAGGGGUGCUGACUCAGAAACUGGGACCCUGGAAAAAACCAGUGGCUUACAUCUCCAAAAAGAUGGACAAUGUGGUGACAGGAUGGCCCCCUUGCCUCCGUAUGGUAGCAGCUGUAGCUACCCUGGUCAAAGAUGCAGACAAAUUGACUCUGGGCCAACCGCUGACUAUAAUAGCACCUCAUGCUUUAGAGACUAUAAUUCGUCAACCCCCUGAUAGAUGGCUCUCGAAUGCCCGUAUAACCCACUACCAGUCGUUAUUGCUCAACCCUGAACGUAUCACAUUUGGAAAUGCGACGUUACUGAACCCCGCUACCUUGCUCCCCAAUUCGGAACCCACUGUUUGGGUACCUCAUGACUGUCAUCAGAUAUUGGCAGAAUACCACGGGACCAGGGAGGAUUUGACUGAUUGCCGGCUCCCUGAUGCAGAUUAUACCUGGUUCACAGACGGCAGCAGCUUCUUUAAAGAAGUUUUUAUAGACACCUUCUCCGGUUGGACUGAAGCUUUCCCCACCAAACGAGAAACGGCUCAAAUGGUGGUGAAGAAGAUACUAGAAGAUAUUUUUCCUCGGUUUGGCCUGCCUAAGGUAAUCGGGUCUGACAACGGCCCAGCCUUUGUCUCCCAGGUAAGUCAGGGUAUGGCCAAGACACUGGGGAUUAAUUGGAAAUUACAUUGUGCAUACAGACCCCAGAGUUCAGGACAGGUAGAAAGGAUGAAUAGAACCAUAAAGGAGACUUUAUCCAAAUUAGCUUUGGAAUCUGGCGUUAGAGACUGGGUACAGCUCCUUCCCCUAGCCCUGUUCCGGGUGCGGAACACCCCUUCUCGGCUUGGACUUACUCCCUAUGAGAUCCUAUAUGGGGGGCCUCCCCCAUUGGCCUCCUUUAGGGCCCCUCCUGACCCCGCUACUCACAAACCUGAUUUGCAGGCGCGGCUAAAAGCACUUCAGAUCGUCCAGGCCCAAGUGUGGAGACCCCUAGCUGCUGCCUACCAGCCUGGGCAUCCGGAGAUCUCGCACCCGUUCCAGGUUGGCGAUUCUGUGUACGUGCGGAGACAUCGGUCCCAGAACCUUGAACCUCGCUGGAAGGGACCCUACACCGUGCUUCUUACGACACCUACUGCCCUCAAAGUGGACGGUAUUGCAGCCUGGAUCCACGCGUCUCACGUCAAGCCGGCACCUCCACAGGACGACCCAGAACUUUCCAAAUGGAAGCUUCAGCGUACCCAAAAUCCUCUAAAACUGAGACUAGUCAAGGAAGCCUGAUCCUGUCAAGCUUGCUGUUCUUUGCCCUGGUGUUUCCCUCCACAUAUAGUGCUAAGAACCCCCAUACACCUCAGAACUUAACUUGGACUCUGACUAACUUUGAGACUGGGCAAGUCUUGAGGCUAGCCACUGGAGUUCAUCCCCUAGGUACCUGGUUCCCCCAGCUAAAGUUUGACCUAUGUGCCCUAGCAAAAGACUCUUGGGGAGAUACUGAACGAACUCCCGAGAACUCUUAUCCUACAUGCAGAUAUUCUGAAUGGUAUAUUUGUCCUGGGGGAAGACGAACUUGGCAAUGUGGGGGGGCUGAAGUAUUUUAUUGUGCUGCCUGGGGAUGUGAAACCAGUGUCAGUACCUCCUGGUUGGGGGCUAGCAAAGAAGACUUAGUCACUUUCACUCGUACCACAUCAGGGGAAUCUGAAAUCACAAUCACCUUCAC